AUGCCAGGCUCACCGGUGAUGUCAGGUUACUAUGGUGUCAGGAGAUCCCUCCUAACCGACUCGGACUUCCACAACAGUAAACAGUUCACAAACGAUGCUUGCACCCGAACUGUGGCGAAGGACAUUGCCUGCGAGUCCUCGGCAGCGCAGGGCCACCCGGCCCACCUGGACUCCUACUUCCCAGAGCUCUACGGGGACCACCGCCCCACGGCCCUGACCCCCAACAGCGACUCCCUAAUCAGCGCUUCACCUCUGCCACAGCUCCUGCCUCUGCCCUUCCCCAGCGAGCCUGCACACUUCGUGCUGAGGGACUCAUGGGAGCAGAUGGUGCCCGAAGGCCUCAGCCAACCAGACCCCGUGCCGACCGAUGCCCUGCAGAGCUUGGCGCCCAGCACAGGCUGCCUCUCUCAGCUAGAGUCGGGGAGCACUGCCCAGCACAGGAGCUCCGGUUGGGCGGCACCCCUAGCGGGGGUUCAGUCCUACUCUCUGCACACACUGGAGGAUCUGUACCACGUGCAGGGGUACCCAACCCCAUCCCCCUACCCCUUCACCUCUUCCAUGACAAUGUCCGAUGACCCACCACCCAAGGUGGGGCCCUUCUCCCCGGACGAGGGGGCAGACACUUCUGUCCUCCAGGACCCUUCUCCGUGGACCAAAGAAGAUGGGAGCCUGGCAUGGGGGGCAUAUGAGUGCCGCCGAGCUUACUGA